CGGGCAACGCCGUGGAGCAAAGCGAGCAGACACCGCGCGGCCAAACUGAACUGUCAAGCUGCAGCAGGAGUCCUCUGCAGAGUACCAACCAGCUCGACAGAGACACCCGGAAGGCACCAAAGUCAAUUUUUGAGAGAGCAGCAUGAAUCGUUUUAAGACCUCCAAAUUCAAAAACACCACUCCGAAAAUUGCCAAGAAAGACGGAUGGAUCAACAAUGUCCGCGCCGGUUCCUUCUCCUGCCAGGGGAACCACAUCAAAGCGAGCUCCAAGCUGGUGGCUUUCAAUACGGAGCAGGCUGGUGGAGGAAUGCUGGGCCUGUCCUCAGUCAAACCGGGUUCCGAUGGCCAAUGGACAGUCACGCAGAUUUCCUGCCAUUCUGAUCUGAUGACUGAUAUGGACUUUUCUCCUUUUGAUGAAAGUCUCCUGGCGACGUGCUCUAGAGAUGAAACGGUGAAGCUGUGGCGUUUGUGUGAUCCGGAGCUGCAGCAGCCCAGCGGUCCGGAGCUGACCUUGCGUCCGGGUCAGGGCAGGCUGGAGCUGGUGCUUUUCCACCCGACCUCCUCUGGCUUGCUGGCUGUGGGUGCUACCAAGUCGCCCCUGAUUUGGGACACAAGCCGCGAGGAUACACCACUAGCAGUUCUGGAGCAGCACGGUGACCAGCUGCAGAGUCUGAGCUGGAAACGGGACGGCUCCCUGCUGGCUUCCUCCUGCAAGGACAAGAUGCUGCGAGUGUUUGACCCCAGAGCCCAGCUGACACCUGUUCAGAGUGCCAAGAGCCUUCAGAACAACAAGGAUUCACGCAUCCUGUGGGCCAAAGACGACCAUUUACUCACCACUGGCUUUGAUAUGAUGCGUAGUCGGGAGGUGAGGCUUUGGGACAGCAGGAAGCUGAGCUCUUCGGUCAGCUCGGCGUCACUCGGCACCUCCAGCGGGAUGGUGAUCCCUCUGUAUGAUGAUGACACUGGUCUCCUCAUACUGGCUGGCAUGGGAGACACUGCCAUUGAUUGCUUCGAGGUGUCUGCGUCUGAGCCUCACUUCUCACAAGUGAGCCACUGUCUGUCCGACUUCUCAUCACGCGGAGCUGCUAUGGUACCCAAGGUGGCGUUGGACGUCCUGUCCUGCGAGGUGAUGCGUGUGCUUCAGCUGACAGACAGCUGCAUUGUGCCAAUCAGCUACCAAGUCCCUCGCAAGAAUUCAAACCAGGAGUUCCAUGAAGAUCUUUACCCAGAUACAGUGGGCACGACUCCAGCCAUGUCUGCUGAGGAGUGGUGGAAGGGAGGGAACAAGCAGGUGGAGAAAGUCAGCCUCCAGCCCGACAAACAGUCCAAACCAAAGGCUGCACCAGCAAAAAAGAAGGAGCUGGCCAGUGUGGGAAGCAAGGAGGAUCCGGCCCGCGGCUGCUCCACCUCCAGUAGUCCUCUGAGCACUCCCAGCAGCAGCAGCAGUGCUGCCCCGUCCCGCUCUCCUUCCUCCACCUCUGGUCUCUCCUCAGGCUUCCUCCCCAGCCCCAGUCCCAGCCAGAACACCAAGGCCUUCCAGAGCCUGCUGGGUCCGACCUCCAAGUUCCGUCACAUCCAGGGUGCAGUGAUGCACCGGGACACACACAUCACCAACCUGCGUGGCCUCAACCUGACCACACCGGGCGAGUCUGACGGCUUCUGUGCCAACCGUCAACGCGUGGCAGUGCCCCUCGCUAUCUCCGGGGGCCAGAUCGCCAUCUGUGAGCGCUCUCAGCCUGGCAGGCUACCUGACACAGCCCUGAACACCAUCCAAAACUCUGUUAAUGUGGUGGACUUGGCUUGGAACCCCUUUGACCCACAACGGCUUGCAGUGGCUGGUGAUGAUGCGAAGAUCCGGGUGUGGCUGGUACCAGAGGGAGGGCUGAAAGAGACCCUGACUGAGCCUGAGGUCAUCUUGCGAGGCCACACGGAGAAGAUUUACUCCAUCGUGUUCCAUCCUCUGGCCAGCGGACUCCUGGUAUCUUCAUCCUACGAUCUCACAGUCAGACUGUGGAACCUGGAGAAAGAAGAAGAGGUCAAAGUCCUCACCGGACACCAGGACCAGAUCUUUUGCAUGGCGUGGAGCCCGGAUGGCAAGCUCCUGGCCACAGUGUGCAAAGAUGGGAAAGUCCGCAUCUACGACCCUCGCAAGUCCACUGCACCUGUGCAGGAGGGCCCAGGUCCUGAGGGCCACAGGGGAGCUCGUGCGGUGUGGGUGUGUGAGGGCAAGUUCCUGUUGGUGUCAGGAUUUGACAGUCGCAGUGAGAGAAGACUUUCUCUGUACUCUGCUGACUCCCUGUCCUCCGGAAGCAUAGCCACCACCAACAUAGACACCUCUCCCUCCACACUCAUCCCUUUCUACGACCCCGACACCAGUGUGGUCAUCCUCACUGCAAAAGGUGAUACAAGAGUGCACAUUUAUGAGAUUGUCCCUGAAAGUCCGUACUUUAUGGAGUGCAGCAGUUUUAGCUCUCAUGAGCCACAUAAGGGCUUGGCCUUUCUGCCCAAGUCAGAGUGCAAUGUGCGUGAUGUGGAGAUAGCUGUGGGAAUCAUGCUCACCAAGACAACCAUAGAGCCGGUGGCCUUCAGAGUGCCACGGGUCAAGAAAGAGUUUUUCCAGGACGACCUGUACACUGACACUGCUGUCUCUUGGGAACCAGCCCUGACUGCCUCUGCCUGGCUGUCUGGCUCCAACGGCCAACACAAGAAGAUCAGCCUAAAGCCUAAAGACAUGACUCCAGUGAGUGAGGCCCCCAAAGAGGCUCCAGUGAGGAAAUAUCUGCCCUCGUCUGUUUACCUGGAGGAGAAGACUGAUGAACAGAAGAAAGAGGAGCUGCUCACUGCCAUGGUGGCUAAGUUGGGGAACAUGGACGACCCGCUGCCACAGGAUUCCUUCCAGGGGGUCGACGAGGACGAGUGGGAUGACUAGAGCGGACGCCAUCUUGCCUUUGAUUCAAUCGUGCCAACAGCAGAGAAGAGAGAACAGAUCUACUGUCAAGUCAUGUUACCAUUUGUGUGUGCAACGGUGCCACACACAGGUCCUCGGAGCUCAAUCAGCAAACAUCUCAUCCCACUGCACGCACAAAGUAAACUGUACAAGGUGAAAGUAAAAUUAUGGAGGAAAAAAAAUCACAAUAACCACCUCUGAUAUCAAUAUUUCUCACUAUAUCUGUAAAGGUUUGAAAAAUCAAAUGCCAUGUUGUCUAGUUUGGUGUCAUCAUAUCCAACUGCAUGAAAUUUGAUAUUAAAAUAAUGUUUGGUUGUAAUCCUUAAGAUUUAAGGAAUGAUUUCUGAAUUAUUUAUUUAUUUCAAAAAUCAUUCUGUGAUUAAUAUGACAUAGUGACUGCUGUGCUAUGUUAAUGUAGACUACAAAAUGAUGCAACACUAUUCAUGAUAUUUGGAAAGAAAUCCCAUCAUGCCGGAUAAAACAACCGUAAAUAUGAGAAAAUAGUCCAUUGAAAUCAUAAAUCAGGACACCUCAAACAUUUCAAGUAAACCAACGUUCUAAGUCAGGAUCAUAGCAAUAAUACUUCUUCUUCAUGUUACAUUACCAGUUAACUCUCAGUGGUUGGAACAGACCAAACAGAAUAUUUUUCUUUUUUUUAAAUGGAUGAGUAUUUUGGCACAGCCUCUUUCUUUUUGUCUGUGAUAUGCAGCCUUUGUUUAAGCAUGAUAAUACACUCAUUGGUGUCCUGAUAUAAAAAAAAAUGGCCUCCUCUUGUGCCCAGUCUUAUUUUCUGCUAAGAUGCGCAUUUACCUCCACUGUGGACCACGGCUUGCUUUUUUUUUUCUUUUUACUGGCCUGUCGUUUGAGCGUGCUCAUUCACAAUGUGUCUUUGAAGGAUGUAAUGCUGUUAAUGAUCUCAUUGCAUAAGUGAAUCUCUCGUCUUCCUGUUUGAUCAGGUAAAACACACACACGAUUACUGUAACAUGUUUAAGCCUUCCGCAGCAAAAACCACACUGAGGAUACAACAGGGUCACCAGUGAUCAUGUUUGGACAUGAACUGGGAUUUCUUAUGACAACAACAUUAAGUUCACUUUUUCUUUGUUAGCCAAUGAUAGAAUAAAAUGCCAUUUUAACAAUAAUAUGUUAUUUGUAGAAUUGGUUAAAUGUUUAUCCAUGCGGUAGUGUUCUAAUAGUCUUAUAAGUAGGGGUUAAAGGUUAAUAAAACUAAGAUGUUAUGCUUUGAAUGCCAAACCAACUCCUUUUUGGAGUUGUUGUUUUUUUCUUAAGGGGCCUUUGUAUUCUCUAAGAUGAUUAUUUCCUUUCUUUCUCUCUUUACUCUUUUGCUGGGCAACGUUUAAUCAUGAUCUUGGUUGCCAGACUGUUUGGGGAUAUUCCUCACUUAAAUGAGCUAAUUUUCUUAUCUAAUGCUAAGUAGCAGUAAGUUAUCAUGGUGUUAAUUAGCCAAUAACAGUACAGUAUUAAUGACUUACAAAACAGCCAUAACAGGUAUCAUUUAAUCUCCAAUCAGGGCUACAGCAAUAUAGUCAAUACUCAAGUCUAGAACCAUCAGUUGAACAUCGUGUUGAACAGGUGACCGGCAGGUGUCGUCUGUGUUUGUGUGAUGUACACUGUAUGUGCUUGUGAUUUCUCAAACGCCAUACUUUGUAAUAUUUGGAUUGGAUUAACUGCAUUCCAUUGUGUUGAAAAGAACUUCCUUUUUAUACACUGAGUAAAGCAUAGUUGUUGUUUUGUCUGUCGUACUUGAGGAACGGUUUGUGGAAUUUUUUCAAUAUUGUCUUGCAAUAAACACAUUUUUG